CGCCUGGAUUUGGCUCCUCGUUUUAACAGCAUCAACGACAAUCUUGCUCGGUUAGCGAAAGAGAUAAGUAAUCUUCAUUCCAAAGUGAACUCAGUGACCAAUACCGCCAUCAACACCAUCAACACCAGCACAUCUAUACCCACUACAACAAACACUAUCACAAACGCGACGCCAACCAACGCCCAAACUACCAUAACUACUGUUACCAAACCUAAGUCAUCGACCUCACCUGCUUUUUCUAGCAAGCCUUCUGCUCAAGCUUCAGCCUUACCGGCUGGACUUUCCAGUCAACUACAGUCGCGACUCGAUCAGCUACCAAGACUUACAAUUGAGGCACUGCGUCCAACCCUCCGAAAUGAAAUGCAACACUUCUUCUACACAAGUAAGUUUGAAUUAUUUUGA